AUGGAUCUUUCUAUAACUUACGAAAUAUACACUUUAAUUGUGUCUAAGCUUCCUCCAUAUCUCAUUUCCAUCUACCAUCGGAUUGAAAUAGUUGCAAGCUAUUUGACGAAAAAUAUUCCUCCAAGAACUGUGAAGGCUUUCGGAGCGAUUCUUAAUUCUAGGCUUUCCGACAAACCCGGUGUUCACGAGACAUAA